AUGGCACCACGCGAGACUACCACCGCAUCUGGAUCAAAUGAAACCCAAGAAGGACCAACAACCAUCUCUGCUCACAAGAUGCUUGCUAAGAUCAUACGCCUUCGGGAACGGGUCCAACAGAUAGAAGAAGAACGGCAGGAACAAGCCACAACUACUGCCACAAUUAAAAAGGACUUGGGAGAAAUCCUUAGACCCAGGGCACCAGGACCGUAUAACAGAUCCCCAGGUGCGCUUCAAGGAUUCCUCACUCAACUCAGGGCUUACCACCAACAAUUCCCGAACAAAAUAGAAAAAUCCUCUGUCAAGGUACUACACGCAGGAGGAUAUAUGACGGGAGUGGCACUCACAUGGUUUAAACCCAUUAUGAGGGACUACCUUAAUAAAGAAAAAGACAACCGCGAAAAAGAAACCAACACCAUUUUCAAAAGUUACGAUGAGUUUAAAAAAGCCAUCAAGAAAGCCUUUAGAACAGUUGAUAAAGCUAGAGCUGCUGAGUACUACAUCGACGGGCUUAAGCAGAAGGGAUCAGUAUCCGAUUAUGCCGCUCGCUUCCGAUAA